AGGCAGGGAGCUUUGUUAACUCUUCAGACUGCCCAGUCAAAACCUCCCCGAGAUAAUUAUUGAUGUUUACUUAUGGAAGCGUCCAGCCUCCCCCACAAGGACUGCGUGGCCGAGCUACUGAGCUCCGUUUAUUUUAAGCCUGGCUGCCGUGAGUGACAGAGCUACGCUCAGCAAGGACAGCUCUCAUUAUCCACCUCCCAGGGAGACCGAAACUUUCCUUACUCUAUAUAUUUUUCUUUUGUCCUUUCAGUGCUGUUUUUUCUUGGGCCAUGUGAGAAGUUUUUAUUUUUAAAAACAAGAAUAUUUCUCCCAUUUUUUUUUUCUACUUAUUCAUACUUAUAUUUUGGGACAAGAGACACCUAAUUCCAUAUCCAAGAGCCACCCUGCUGAGGUUGUCAAUGGAUCAUAUUCAAGGGGCCUGGAAAACCAUCAGCAAUGGUUUUGGACUUAAGGAUUCUGUUUUCGAUGGCUCAAGUUGCAUGUCCCCAACGAUUGCUCAACAAUUUGGUUACCGUCGGGCGUCAGAUGAUGGCAAACUAAUGGAUACAUCCAAGACUAGUAGUACGAUUCGUGUAUUUUUACCUAAUAAACAGAGGACAGUGGUUAAUGUGAGAAAUGGUAUGAGUUUACAAGAUUGCCUCAUCAAAGCAUUAAAAGUUCGAGGUCUUCAGCCAGAAUGUUGUGCGGUUUUCAAACAUCAGGAACAAAAGGGCAAGAAAGUACGUUUGGAUUGGAAUACAGAUGCAGCUUCGCUAAUUGGUGCAGAGCUACAGGUGGAUUUCUUGGAUCAUGUUCCACUUACAACUCAUAAUUUUGUUCGAAAAACAUUUCUUAAACUUGCAUUCUGUGACAUAUGUCAGAAGUUCCUUUUAAAUGGCUUUCGGUGUCAAACAUGCGGUUACAAGUUUCAUGAACAUUGUAGCACCAAGGUUCCUACGAUGUGUGUAGACUGGAGCAAUAUAAAACAGCUAUUAUUUCCCAAUUCAAACAAUGGUGAUGGAACCCCUGUGUUUCCUUCAAUGACACAAAGGCGAAUGAGGGAAUCUGUCCGUAUUCCUGCUGGCUCUCAACACAGAUAUUCGACUCCUCAUGCCUUCACGUUCACACCAUCUAAUCCAUCCUCAGAAUGCUCGCUUUCUCAAAGACAGAGGUCCACUUCCACACCCAAUGUCCAUAUGGUUAGUACCACGUUACCUGUGGACAGCCAGCUGUUUGAGAAUAACUGCCUGAAUACUUCUCCCAGGUCCUGGUGCAGAAGAUUUUGUUUGAGGGGAAGAGAUGCAGUAAGAAGUCACAGCGAAGCAGGUUCACCCACAGCAUUGACAGGCAGUCCAAACAAUUUAAGUCCCACUGGAUGGUCUCAGUCUAAAACUCCCACACCGUCACAAAGAGAGAAAGCAACUACAUCCAGUAAUCAAGAGAAAAAUAAAAUUAGGUCUCGUGGGCAGAGAGAUUCAAGUUACUAUUGGGAAAUAGAAGCAACUGAAGUAAUGUUGUCAACAAGAAUAGGAUCGGGAUCAUUUGGUACAGUCUACAAGGGCAAGUGGCAUGGUGAUGUUGCGGUAAAAGUUUUGAAAGUGACCGAUCCAACACCAGAACAGUUUCAGGCUUUUAGAAAUGAAGUUGCUGUACUAAGAAAAACAAGGCAUGUUAAUAUUCUGCUGUUCAUGGGAUACAUGACAAAAGAUAAUUUAGCAAUUGUCACGCAGUGGUGUGAGGGCAGCAGCCUUUACAAACAUCUUCAUGUUCUAGAGACGAAGUUCCAGAUGUUUCAGCUUAUUGACAUUGCCAGACAAACCGCUCAAGGCAUGGACUAUUUACAUGCUAAAAAUAUUAUCCACAGAGACAUGAAGUCAAAUAAUAUUUUUCUUCAUGAGGGUCUUACUGUGAAAAUUGGUGAUUUUGGUUUGGCUACUGUAAAAUCUAGGUGGAGUGGUUCUCAACAAGUGGAGCAGCCAUCGGGAUCAAUUCUAUGGAUGGCGCCUGAAGUGAUCAGAAUGGAGGACUUGAACCCAUACAGUUUUCAGUCAGAUGUUUACUCCUAUGGAAUUGUUCUGUAUGAACUGAUGACUGGCGAGCUUCCAUACUCUAACAUUAGAGACAGAGACCAGCUCUUCAUUUUUGAACAGAUUAUAUUUCUGGUUGGAAGAGGAUGUGUGGUGCCUGAUCUCAGUAAACUUUACAAGAACUGUCCAAAGGCAAUGAAGAGACUUGUAGCAGAUAGUGUAAAAAAAGUGAAGGAAGAAAGACCUCUCUUCCCACAAAUUCUUUCUUCCAUUGAACUUUUACAACACUCUUUACCCAAAAUCAACCGAAGUGCUUCAGAGCCAUCCUUACACCGUGCCGCCCACACAGAAGACAUUAAUUCUUGUACUUUAACAUCAACGAGAUUGCCAGUUUUCUGAAGACUUUUAAGCUAAACUGUGCUUUUUUUAAGUUCACUUAAAGAAGAAAAACUGAAAUAAGCUGGAAAUGCUUUAUCUAUGAAUAGGACUAAAUUAAAAAAAUCCAUUAAAAAUCUAUAUUACUCUAAAGAAAAUGCUGCUAUUAUUGCAUUACUGAGGCCACAGUGAAGUUGUACAUUUUUCCUACCUUUUUGUGACUUGGGUUGUAAAAGCCUUCAAGCAAGAAUGAACUCCUUUCAUCCUAUUUGGAAUCCAGCUUGCUGUAGUUCACCGGUCUUCCUGCAGUGACUCUUUACUAUAAACAGACAGACUUGUUUUAUUGUGUAUUUUUAAUGUAUAAAAUAGCGUUGAUGGAGCUAAACAUUGAUUUCCACCAUCAGGAGAUAUACAGUGGGUACAUGCAAACUUAUGCAAAAUACAUACAUUCAACGGAUAAGAGGAUAAUUCCUAUAUGGACUGUUUUGAGUAGUUACACAAUUUUGAACGUCAAAGAAGUAUAUGUCAGGGCAGUAAUUCCUGUGAAUGGACUAUUUUAUUUUUAUUUUAUUUCCUGAGACACACGUCACAAAUUGAUAAUCAAACCAGAAUCUAAGCAUUGGUACUUUUUUCUUUAAGCUAGUAAAUUAUCAUAUUAAGUGACCAUGCUCUGAACUGUGUGUCUGACAUGGUAGCAGAGGGUUCUGGUCAUUUUGGACUAGUGUGCAUGUAUAUCCUGCACACACCUAUUGCAAUAUUAUGAAAUAUGCACUAAAUGGGGAAUUUUAGUAUAUACAUUUUUAUCUGAUUUUGGUUUUAAUUUGUUUGUUCUUUUAUUGCUUUUAAGCACACACAUUUAUUGUAAACCGCAACUCCCCAAAUAACUAUUUUAAUAAAUUAACGGUUAUACAUUUGGGCAAUUGAUAA